AUGGUGGGCUCUGGGAUCCCCGCUUUGAGCCUCUUCCUGCUGAUGCAGGGCUCAGUAGAUGGGAAUGGGAUCCAGGGAUUCUUCUAUCCAUGGAGCUGUGAGGGAGAUGUAUGGGACCGGGAGAGCUGUGGGGGCCAAGCGGCAAUUGAGAACCCCAAUCUGUGUCUGCGUCUCCGGUGCUGCUAUCGUGAUGGGGUCUGCUACCACCAGCGGCCAGAUGAAACCAUGCGGAGAAAGCACAUGUGGGCGCUGGGCUGGACAUGUGGAGGCCUCCUCUUCCUGAUCUCCAGCAUCUGCUUGUUCUGGUGGGCCAAACGUCGAGAUAUGCUGCACCUUCCAGGAUUCUUAAAGGGCAAAUGUGACCUGUCGAGGACUGUGUCUCUGUUAUCUAAGGACAGGGGGCCUUCCAGCGAAAAGAAGACGUCUGCAGGCAGCAUGCCAACCUCUGUUACUCCAGAGGGGAACACGGAAAUGUCAGGGGUCACCGAAGGGGAAGGGACGACAGAAGGGGGUGAUGAAACAGAAGGGGCAGAGGACGAAGAUUAGGGGCACCCCUGGGGGGGCCCUCAAUACAGAUAUAGCAUAUAGACGCGUGGUCUCUUUUCUAAGAUCCAUGGGAGCAGGAGGCACA